AUGGAGAAAAUUCACUAUAGUGGAGGAAGUCAUGAAAGUCAAGAUCUUGCAUGGCAUGCAGUUGCUUCAUGGACAUGGGAUGCUCAAGACGAAACAUGUGGGAUUUGUCGGAUGGCUUUCGAUGGUUGUUGUCCUGAUUGCAAACUUCCUGGGGAUGAUUGCCCUCUAAUAUGGGGAGCUUGCAACCACGCGUUUCAUCUGCACUGUAUAUUGAAAUGGGUGAAUUCGCAGACGAGCCAAGCUCAUUGCCCCAUGUGUCGAAGAGAAUGGCAGUUCAAGGAGUAAUUAAGCAAAACUGGAUGCUUUGGAAUGAUCUCUUAAAAGAGUUGUCAUUGGACCAAUAGUGUUGAUCAUUGGUCAUUGGACCAAUAGUGUUGAUCAUUGCUCAAACGGAAGAGACAACUUUAGGA